AUGAAUACUUCAAUUGCAGCUGUAGUUGGACCAGGAUUUGUGGCAAUAAACAUAACCAUUCAAAACACAGCAGGAGCAAUAAAGCAGCAAGCAGUGGCACUUUUAAACAAUGCUGAUUUGUCCACCUUCUACAACUGCAGCAUUGAAGGCUACCAAGACACCUUGUUAACCCAUUCUAUGAGGCAAUUCUACAGCCACUGCGAUAUCUACGGCACGGUGGAUUUCAUAUUUGGAAAUGCAGCCGUUGUUUUCCAAAAUUGCAAUGUGUAUCCGCGGCUUCCCAUGCAAGGCCAGUUUAAUGCAAUCACCGCACAAGGCAGGACAGAUAUAAACCAAAAUACCGGUACUUCAAUACAAAAUUGUACCAUUAUAGCUGCCCCUGACUUGGCAGCGGACAAUGGCAAAACACAAACAUACUUGGGCAGGCCAUGGCAGUUGUACUCGAGAACUGUUUAUAUGCAAUCCUUCAUGGAUAGCUUGAUUAAUCCAGCUGGUUGGGCUGUGUGGUCCGGGUCUUUUGCAUUGGACACAUUGUAUUAUGCAGAAUACAACAAUAGAGGACCGGGGUCGAGUACUACUAACAGGGUUACUUGGCCUGGUUACCAUGUGAUAAGCGCAACGGAUGCGGUUAACUUCACUGUCUCCAACUUCAUAUCAGGAGAUGACUGGUUGCCUGCAACUGGAGUCCUUUACACUAGUGGUUUAAUGUGAACAUAGAAACUUGAAAUGUCUUCUCUCUGUUAAUUUGUAUUUAAAAUUUGAUGUUGAAUGUCUUUAUUUCUUUCAAAAUUAUUAUAAAAUUGUGUCUAUUUAUUUAAUAAUUGGAUGGGGAAUUCCAAAUACUAGUAGUAUUGUUGGGGAAUCACACACCGACAAUCCCAAA